CCGAGUCCAGUAGCCCAUAUUUGCAGCAGCGCGUUCAGACGUCGCAGGUUCCGGCGUCUGCUAAGCACCCUGCACUGAGUGCGCGCACUUGGCGUGGUUCGGCUGCGACACUUGGGACUUUGAGCACCGCUGCACCCGGCUAGCGUGUUACGUUGCUAGCAUCCUCGCGCUGGAAUUUUUCACGCACGCUUUGCAAGGAACCUGGAUUACUAACCAGCGACUGUGUUCAGCAUGCCCAAAGUAUUUUUGGUGCGACACCCUACGUGCCGGCGGCGCCGGUCGCCGUCUUCGCCUGCUGUGACGCCCCCGCCAAGCCCGAAGGAGCGGACGCAGUCUCAGAACUUGACGACAUACCCUCUGGACGGUGCGAAGCUUCUAAUGGAUUUGGAACAACCAGUGUACAGCUGCGCAGAUGGAUUCACUCGCCUGAGCAUUCCGCCCUCGUCUCCUCCGACGCCACCUUCGUCGAACGAAGGAGAUAAGGGCUCCCAGCAGAGCGGCGAUGACCUGUCUUCGGAGGAGUCCUCCUCCGAGGUGUCAUCUUCCACGUCCUUCCUGAUCCACGUGCCCCGGCCUCUUCCGACAUCGCACCCUGUGCCGCUAACGCAAGACCCACGACCUCUGCGGGUGCCCGUGAUCCAGUCCCCCAUUUCCCGUUACCCAGCCAUGACGAGCCGUCCACUGAUCAUGCCUCCAGUCCAUGGACAUGCCAGCUGGACGCCAGAACCCGCGUGCCAGCCCCUUCGCCCAUGGCGUACGUUCCCUACCAACCGCGCGCGUCUCCCGUAGCCAGGCACUCUCCCCCGCCUAUGUCCAAGAAGGCCAUGAACGACGAUGAUCUGCCUCCUUGUACAAACGAAGAGUUGCAGGUCCGACUAAGCUUCAUGCGGCAACGGCUGAACGUCCCCAUGGAGGUGGAUAUCGAGUUUGUCAAUGGCGGCCAUGGCAUCAAGAACCCGUUCCUGAACAAGGCUGGCCGACGGGCUGGUGUCCAGUGUCCUCGGCCGCCGUCGGCAGCAGACUCUCACGACUCGAACAGCAGCUCUCGGUCAGUGGAGUCUCCUCUAGGUUCUCCUCAGAGGUCGCUGCAGACGCCUGUGCCGCCGCCACCACCGCAGCAGCGGCCGGUGCAGCAGCAUCAGCAGCCUGCAGCGAGACCUCAAUCAACCAGCAAGCUUUCGUGCGGGGAGUGCGGCAAGACCUUCGCCCUGCAGCGGCUUCUCAAUCGCCACCUAAAGUGUCACAGCGACGUCAAGCGGUACCUGUGCACCUUCUGCGCAAAGGGCUUCAACGACACGUUCGACCUGAAGCGCCACACAAGAACGCACACCGGUGUCCGCCCGUACUCUUGCGACCGAUGCGACAAGGCCUUCACGCAGCGCUGCUCGCUGGAGUCGCACACGCUCAAGGUGCACGGCAUCCAGCACAAGUACGCCUACAAGGAACGCCGGGCCAAAGUGUACGUCUGCGAGGAGUGCGGCCACACGACCAACGAGCCCGAGGUGCACUACAUGCACCUCAAGGACCACCACCCUUCAAGUCCGGCCCUGGACAAGUUCUACGACAAGAGGCACUUCAAGUUCACCAAGGGCACUUUCCCUGUGGGCAUUCUGCGCAUGCCCCCUGCCUCAGUAUGAGCGGCGGCGUCUUCAAGGCGUCAGCCGCGCGGGAGCGCCUUUUUCCCCGACUUGGCGCGUCUGUCUGUCGAGGGCAUUUCGCGUGUUCUGCGAAGGAAACGGUACAACUCCGAUGCGCGCUUGAAAGGGACACUAUAGGGAAGCAUUUAAUUCAAGUAUGCGACACUCCAGGCUACAUGCCAUUGGAUACAACCGGAGCAUUGUGGAACUCUUAAGGGGCUAAACUACGGUAACAUGAAACUGACUCUCGAAAGCUCUGAAGGGGUGUAGGGAAUCAGUACGUGCGUUGCCUCGGAGCCGCAGAUUGAUUCCCGAAAACAAAUAUUGCCGAAAAUAAAAGUAGUUGGCUUGUUCCAUAAGUAAGACGCGGUUGCAAAAAAAACUGCGCAAAAGGGACAUAAGUGAAUCAUAACAGCCACGAAAUGAGGCUUUGAAAUGGGCCUGACAGCUCAAAGGAACACAUCGUAUUCUUCCCAGAGGCAGCUGCGGUGACUCCUAUGUGGCGAGAAUUUACGCUCAUUCGUGUAUUGAUGUUCUGGUUCGGCAAUUAGGCGUCUAUCGAGGCGAUCGCGUCUUGUCACAAAUGUAAAUAUUUUCAAAACUUCCAGUGCACAAACGUGAUGACCUCUAAGGCAGCUUCUUUUAUAAAAAGACAGCUUUUGCCUUUGUUUUAUUGACAUUUGUAUGUGUAGAACACACAGAAGCCUCUUUAGUGACCCUUCAAAGCUGCGGCAUCAGUGUGGCUAAGUUGUGCCUCGCAAGAACACGCGCCAGCACUGAAUGUUAAAUUUUGUGUGUUGAAUGUCAAACGUUCUUACGACUGUGAUACCUGGCAUCUCACUAAUGUAAAUAGAUGAUCCCUGCGGGGGUUUCUUCAUUAAUUUAUGUUCAACCACACAUUCCUUCGCAAUGUUCUUGUUCUGUCUUUUUUUAUUUUCCGCAUCAAGUCCGUGAUGCCAGUAUUGUGAUUCGCGCCUUUCGCUUCUGGCGCACGUGCUUUUUUUUUUUUUUGUGGUGCCGUCCAAAAGAACAUGCAUCGGAUGUUGCGGUGCAGUACAAAGUUGUAUGUGUAAAUAUUUUGUUUGUGUUUGUUGAACACGGGUUGUUCAUCUUUCGAUCACUUCCCCGUUAGUUUCUGCCCAUUUAUUUGUCCAUUUGAUGCACAUUUGACCAACGAGCCUGUGCUUCUAGUAAUUUUUUUCGCUCAUUUCAUUCAAAAAAUAAUUCAUUAAAAUUGACAAAAAAAACGUCCUUACGAGAUGCUCUCCUCGGAACUGGCUGGAUGAAAGGAUAAUGCCAAGCAUACUUUCUUUACUGAUUUAAAACUUGCUACUUACGUUCGGAGAGCGUCUGUCUUUGUUCAUAGACUUUCAUUGUUCAUGUUGAAUAAAUAGUCAAAAAAAACCUGGA